GGUAAAACAAUCUAUAAACCAAUCUGAAGAGUUUGUCGUGUGUGACAAUCUGGCCUGUCUGGUUCUUGGUAGACACUGAGUGUACAAAAUAUAGCUUUUUCCAUGAUAUAGACUGACCAGGUGAAUCCAGGUGAUUCCUUAUUGAUGUCACUUGUUCAAUCCACUUCAGAACCUCCAUCCGUCUCUACCAGGGAGACAGGUUAGUGGACUCUGACCCUGUUCAGAUGACAGACACAGCAGAGCAGCAUCACUCUGAUCGUAACACAGUCAAAGACUGGACACACUUGACAGCCUCAGAGUGGAGUACAGACCUGUCAGAGCUGAUCUAUUUCCCUGUGUAGGGAAAGUGGAGAUACUUGGAGACCAGAGAUAAUGGGGAAGACAGACAUGUAGACAUGUAGCAGUGGACAAGGUAAGAGUUGGUGAGUUCAGUGCCAUCACUGUGACAGAGAAUGUGUCAGGGGUCUUGGCCUGGGCAUCCCGUAGUUCUGUCAGCAGACAGAAACUCAGACAGUCUGACCUGGCGAUGACCGGCGGAGGCUGUAGAGGGACGUCCUAUGCUCUGCUACAGACCAGAGGACAAAUAGGAAGGACAGGAGGAGUGGGCCUGGCUGCUAACAGAGGGGGAUGAGCGUGUUGGCUCCAAAAAACAACCACACACACACACACGCGUCCUGCAGAGCCCGAGUGUGUGCCGUCUAUGGAGAGAGAGAGAGAGAGAGAGAGAACCCAGCGAGGAAACAGUCAUUCCUCAUGCAGGUACAGUACAGCUAUGUUGUUAAUCACACCGAUGGAAUCAUGUCCCAGUUCCACUUUGUAAGGAUCUGGUUCAAAGCCGGAAGAUACAUUUCCUUUUUUUUCUUUUUGCAAAGAAAGAGAUUUGUCCAUCUCAAUGUACUUGACGUCAUUUUGAAAUGACAGACUUUUACAGACAGGGCUAUUUUUGACAUUGAUAACAUUUCCCGACAUUUCUUGUCUCUUUACUCUCAACAGCUGAUGUGACUCUGGACCGUCAUACAGUUCACUGUAGUUUGAUGUUGCCUGACGAUGGGAGGACAGUGAAACCAGGAGAUGAGACGAGUGUCCCUGAUAAUCCACAGAGCUUUAAUGAGAUUCAGGGGGUGUCCUGGCCAAAGAUGGCUUCUGCUCUGGACGACACCUCUGGCAGGUGGAGGUGAACAAACUCCGGUUGUCUACUCAAAGGAAAGAUAUGGAAACGUACUCUCCAGAGAAGGUUUACUUUUUUCUUUGACUCCUGUCUUUACGACCUCAUUACUGUCUUUUUUCAGCAUGCCCUUAUACCUCAGAGUAUUGGGUGUAUGUGGAGGUUGAGGAGAGGUGGGUCUCAUUUUACAAGUCCAGGGCUCUACAUCUACACUUUCACUGACUUCUCUGAGAGAGAGAGAGAAGAUCUACCCCCUGGUUGAAGUGAAUGGAGAAGGCUUUGUGAUCCAGGAGCUGAGAUAAAGUCCGGGAUGGGCGCUGGGGAGGGCAGAAAUGAUCUGGCAACUGGAGGGCUACUGGGUUCACAUCCCCAAGACAUCUCCCUACUGUUGGACAAGGUCCUUAACCCCACAACCUGCUUCCCAUCCAGUGGAGAUACACUACAGCUUGACCCAUAGAAGACACGUUUCUGUUGUUCGCUGUAACAUGUGGACAAAUACAGUUGUGUUGUCAUUAUUCUAAAAUAUUAAGGUACAAAUGGACCCACAUUCGGGGACAGGAAGCUCAACCUGGGGAUGCUUUCUACUUGGUAAACCUGUGUGCUCUCUCCAGCCAAUCACCAUCAUCAAUACAGAAAUGAAGUGCUACGGAAACAUUUAAACCAGCAGCAGGACAGUGGAAAUCGGUGGUCUUAAACCUUUGAAAUUUGAAUUGAACAUAAUUCAUUCAUUUAAUAAAACAUCUGGAUGUAAAGUAUUGGGACUGGAUCUGAGUUUCACUCCAAUGUCAGGCCUGUCAGAGGAAACUGUUGCCCAAUCCCAUAUCAGCGUAGGGGAUGGUUCUCACUCUGACCAGCAGAUGGAGACAAAACCUUAGGAACGGCACACGACUUCAGACCUUGACCAUGAGUACCUACUAAGACUGAUCGUCAUUGACUGAUACACCAGCUUGUGUGACUGAUGUAGUGCAAUACAAGGUCAGAUCACCUAUUUGGCAGGAGAGGGAAAAAGAGUAUUCACAUGGGGUCAUUUAGUAACUCUCUACCUCCCCCUCUCUCUUCUCCCUCCAUCUCUCUCCCUCGCCUCCCCCUCUCCGAGUGAAGCAUUGGCACCAAUGAACCCAUUGAUGAACAGGCACAAGCUCCUCCAGCCAAGUCAAACAGCCUCCCAGUGCUUUAAUCAUGGCCUAAAAAGCCAACAACUUGGCCCACACUCUAACCCGAUCCCACCUUGCCGCUACGUCCUCCCCCGCAUCCCAACACUCCUACCCCCUAACCCACCCAUCCCACCACCACCCCUACCCCCUAUCCCCUGCACAGAUGCUGCAUUCAGAACCAAGUUCUGCUUCGCAUAAGCACAACUCUCACUGGUUUCUCUGUGUCGUGUCCGUACACUCAGCGUUCUGGGACAGGAAAACAGUUAUCCAGACACUCUCCAUCACACACAUACGAUACACAUACAACCCAGCUGAACUUCCUCCAUUUGGUCCCCGAUGGGCAAAACAUCUUAUCUCCUCUUCAUGGGACCAUUCUGGCCUUAUUGGUAUGAUGUCAUCAAAAAAUAUGCAUGCAGGCAGCUCUGUGUUUUCACAUAGGCCAGCCUACACUAUUCGAAAUGUUUUUGCUAUCGAUAUUAAAUGGUUAUUUGGCUGCCCCCACAGGGGUAGACUUUAUAUAACCAUUUUUGGUUGCAGGUUGGACCCUUUGAGAGAACUCCACUUUUCACGAGUGCCUCGUUAUGUGAAUUCAAAGGAUUCUAACCUGGAACCAAAAAGGGUCGUCUUAGCCGAAUGAACUCUUUCGGGAACCCUUUUUUUUCGAAGAGUGUACUGAAUACGACCUUUAUCCUGGGAAACGAGUGCCAUUAUUUAUUUGGCCUAUUUUGUUAACAUUAAUUAUUAUAAUGAGGUUAUACAUCCAUUUUCAAUCAUCAGGAGAUUAUUGUGAUGGCUAAACUACAACUUCAGGUUAGUCAAUUAUAGCUACUGAUUGUGGCGGUCAAGCAGCCGAGGUGAGAUACUGCGCAGCAUCACUGCGGUGAAGCGAACCAGAGAAGAGGUGGUAGCGCUCAACCUCAGGAUCCCUUUGCUUUUUGUCUGUCUGCCUAUUUAUCUGCGCAACAAACUCGCAUCUCCGGGUAAACUGAUUGACAGACAGCUUGCGAGGAGGAGUCGCCAACAUCAUCAGCAUCAUCACAGCGGCCUCUGCAGCGAAGGCGGAGGAGAGGAGACGAGAGAAAGAAGAUAAGUUUUCUGACCUUUGUUUUGGUUUUGACCGCGGGGGAAAGCAGUAACUCGGAGAUGCACCUGCUAUUGUCCCUCGCGGUGCUGUGCCUCGGUGCGGCUGUGCCUCGGCAGGUGAACGGGGAUGAAUGUGAACCUGUGUCAUGUGAGGGCGAUGCAGACUGUUUCACCCCCCAGUCAGAGGAGGCGCUACUCUUAUCCACGCCAGACUGGGAGGAGCUGAUUACAGCAGGUCCGUGCCAGCCCAACCCAUGCCACCAUGGGGGUGUGUGUGAGACCACUAAUGCCCAACGAGGUGAUGCCUUCCUGGGGUACCACUGUCACUGCUCCCCUGGCUACUCUGGAACCCACUGCCAACACAAUGUGAAUGAGUGUGAGAGUGGGCCGUGCAGGAACGGAGGUGUGUGUACAGACCGGGAGGCCAACUACACGUGUGUGUGUCCUGGAGAAUACACUGGCAGGACCUGCCAGCACAAGUGUUCAGGUCCUCUGGGCAUGGAGGGUGGUAUCAUCACCAAGGGGCAGCUGUCCUCCUCCUCUGUUCAGCGGGGCAUGUUUGGUUUGCAGCACUGGAGCCCUGACCUGGCCCGGCUCCACCGCAGGGGCAUGGUUAAUGCCUGGAGCCCUGCACUCAGCGACCGCUGGCCCUGGAUACAGGUGAACCUGCGGCAGCAGAUGCGUGUGACGGGGCUGAUUACCCAGGGUGCUCGGCGGCUGGGCAGCUCAGAGUAUGUGAAGUCCUAUAAGAUCGCCCACAGCGACGACGCUAGGACCUGGAGCAUGUUGAAAACCAGAGGAGACACACAGGACAUGAUAUUCCACGGUAACUCAGACAGCAGUUCUCUCAUGGCCAACACCUUCUCUUCACCAAUUGAAGCACAGUACAUACGGGUUUACCCUCAAGUUUGCUGGGGCCAUUGUAUGCUGCGCAUGGAGCUGAUGGGCUGCGAGCUCACAGGCUGUUCAGAGCCUCUGGGUCUAAAGGGGGGUCAGGUGCACGACUCCCAGCUGACCUCGUCCUCUGUGUACCGGACCCUGGGCAUGGGUCUGCUGGCCUGGACCCCGAACAGAGCCAGACUGGACAACCAGGCCAAGGUCAACGCAUGGACCGCAGCCACCAAUGACCAAAACCAGUGGAUACAGGUAGACCUGUUGGUUCCUACUAAGGUAACAGGUGUAGUGACUCAGGGAGCUAAGGACUUUGGCCGAGUCCAGUUUGUGCGCUCCUACAAACUAGCCUACAGCAACGAUGGACUGAGGUGGACGACAUACCAGGACGAAACACAACACAAGGACAAGGUGUUCCAGGGGAACGUUGAAAAUGACACCCACAGGAAGAACUCCGUCCAGCCGCCCAUAUAUGGUCGUUUCCUCCGCCUCAUCCCCUGGUCCUGGUACGGACGCAUCACACUGAGGAUGGAGCUACUGGGCUGCACAGAGGACGACUGACCAUCUCUCCCUCUCUCCCUCCGUCUCUCUCUCUCUCUCUCCCUCUCUCUUCUCCCUCCGUCUCUUUCUCUCUCACCUAGCUCUCUCUUCUCCCUCCGUCUCUUUCUCUCUCACCUAGCUCUCUC